AGAACUGACCUGGCACGCAGACAAUUCACUUCAUCCUCUGGCCACCUUGCCACAGCAUCACCGAGACGAAGGAUAACCCCACACGGCCCUGCCUGGACUUUGCAACGCAGCUCGCCUGGAGUCCUGUUUGCGAGCCCACCAACCCACCUCGCCAGGUGAAGAUUACGUCAUCGUUUUAGCUUUCCGCUUCCACCCAUCUCAACAACUGGCCGUGCAGCCAUACCUGCUUCUGCUCGACCUUAUCUUUCCUCUCACCCGCAACCACGGCGAGAAUCUCCAGACACCGCACCUCAGCUUCCGAGCCCAAAGAACCCCCUCGCACUACCGUCGACAUGGCCGGAAACAUUCAAGAGAAAGCGCAAUACCAUCUCUCCAACCUUGACAAGGAGCUGUCCAAGUAUCCCGCCCUCGACAACUUCGAGAAGCAGACCAGCGUGCCCAAGGUCUACGUUGUCCUGGGUUUGGCCGUGCUCUACUUCUUCCUCGUCUUCUUCAACAUUGGCAGCGAGUUCCUCGUCAACACCGCCGGCUUUGCCCUGCCAGCCUACUACUCCCUCGAGGCUCUGUUUUCCGUCACGCCCACCGAUGACAUCCAGUGGCUUACGUACUGGAUCGUGUAUGCCUCGUUGACCGUCGUUGAGUCGCUCGUCAACGCCGCCUACUGGUUCCCCUUCUAUUGGACAUUCAAGUUCGUCUUCAUCAUGUACAUGGCUCUUCCCCAGACAAAUGGCGCGGCCGUCGUGUUCCGCUCUGUCAUCGAGCCCGUCUUUGCCCGCUUCUUCUCCAAGGGCUCCGCCUCGGAAGGCCUCAAGAGCGCCGCAGACAAGGCCUCCAAGAACUUGUAAAAUGGCUGCAUGUGCAAUGACACCCGCAAUGCUAUGGGAGAGCAUGGAUCUGGAUGGAGAACAAAGCCAGGGACUUGAAUGAAGGCGUACAGCCUCGCAUGCUCUUGUUGCACCACAGAUUGGCAAUAUGCAUGGGAGUGAAAAUACGGUGACGCGGGUGCUUUGAUUGUUGUGGGUAGUGGCCAAGUAGCAGAAUGUAAUCGAUUCGUUCUGGGAUAAC